AUGAGACUGCCAGAAAUCUCCAUUUGGAAAGUGAUACUACUACUUCAUUUGUUUGCUCUACAAGAAUUUCAACUUGUCUCCGCUGCAAAUUUGCCCUCUUUAUCAAGUAGUACAAAGGCAGCAGAUAGUUCUAGUAAAGGCAGCUCUUCAGCCAAGACAACCACGUCCUUAGGCAAAAGCUCAGUAACCAGUAAGGAUGUUUCGUCAAGUCAUAAUGUCACUUCAAGCACUAAAAUGCCCAAAAUCACCACGAGCGCUAGUACAAGCUUAUACACCAACUCUAGUUUAUGGAGCAACAACAGUGUAAUAUCAACUUCAUCUAUUACACCUUCCAGCGUUUAUAUCCCGGUUACGGACGGAAAUAAAUUCUUAUAUCAGGCUCAUCAUCCUAACGGUACUGUGUUCAUUGCAUUUGCUGGCUGUUUAGGUGCAAUUCUACUAUCACUGACGGGUGCAUGGAUUGCAUUGAAUAUAAAGUCAUGGCGAAGUGCUAGAAAGGAAAAUAAGCUGAGAAAUCUAGAAAAUCAAUACCAACACGAUCCUUUCUACUUCCAAACAAACAUUAAUGACGACGAAAGUGAAACAUCUUCCCAUUCUGACGACAGUGACAUAUCAGAAAAAGUUCUGAAAAAUAACUCAUCUCGUAUGAGUUUGUAUACUCUAGGAUCCACUUCUGUUUUGAAUCUUUUGAACAAUAAAACAGAUGCCAACGAUAACUUCAGAUCAUCUAUGUUUAUUUCACCCACCGAAAUUCUGCAAUCUGAUGCCAACAACUCUAAUACAUGGUCUCAAAGCAAUGAGAGUGCUAUAUAUGAUUCCUUGUCCAGUACUCCAAGGGAACCUGGUGCUACCCAAAUACUGGGAAAGUUUACAGACAGCACUAAUCCAUUCAAUUAUACAUCAUACAAUUUAAGUCCCGACUCUGAAGACCGCUCUACUCCAAAAUCAAAUGUUAGUCAGGGUAAAGUAAAGAAGUACCGUCCUCCCAGUGUUCAUCUGGAUCAACUGCUCGACGGUAAGGAAUAA